GCCUCAUUCAGAAUGAGUCAUUCUCCUUUUCCUUCCCCACCGUUUUCUUGAACGUAUCAAUCAAUCCCACAACGACAGCACUACAGCAAUUGCCCACUGCCUGCUGCUGGUUCCCUAGAACUCAAAGCCCCCUCUGGCUCUAAUCUCUUUCUCUCCCCGCAAAUGUUAAAUGACCAAAUCAACCCUUCCCUCCCCAUUCCCUUCAGCUCUUCCCCUCUCUAUUCGUCUUGUCACCAUCCUUAGGCCUCCGUUGUGCAGCUCUCAGCCCCAUCCCUAUCCCCUCUCUCUAUCUCUCAGUUGGGCUUCAAUUUUAUCAAACACUUUCACUUUCACCAUACCCCUCUUCAAGUCCACCCAUUGCCCUCUCUCUGUCUCUCACUCGCUAACGUGCGCCUAUAAAAGAACAGAAGAUCAGGAAUUCUAUACAACAGAGCUUCUCUCUCUUUCCCCAUCUCGUGUUGUUUUGUUUGUUGCUAUCUUGUACCGUUACAAUAGUGAAAAAACAAGGAGAAAAAAAAAAGAUAACCUUGAAAGACCUGUCUUUUAACCCUUUAGUCUUUGCAUUUCGUUGCCAUCUGCUUACGUUUUCAUCUACAUAAACAGAAGUGAAACAGAAGAGAAGGCCAAAAAAGAAACCUCCUUUUUUCUUCUUUCUCCCACAUAACCAAAACGUCCAACGAUCAAAGAAAAAAAAGCUUCAGGCUCGAGCCAAGUUUUUCAUUACACCAAAGACCUCUUUUUUUGCCUUCAUGGGUCUGCUGAUUCUCUUCCUGCUAACGUGCGCGGCACUUCCAUUGGCUUCAUCAGAUCCAUACGACGAGGCUUGUUUAACUCAAUUAAGCCAAUCCUUGAAAGACCCAUUAAAGAACCUGCAAAACUGGACCCAAUCCACCUUUGCAAACCCUUGUAGCGGUUUCACUUCUUAUCUCCCUGGUGCCACUUGUAACAAUGGUCGAAUCUACAAACUUUCCCUUACAAAUCUCAGUCUCAAAGGCUCUAUCUCACCAUUUCUCUCAAACUGUACCAAUCUUCAGUCACUUGACUUAUCUUCAAAUUCCAUCUCAGGUCCAAUCCCACAAGAUUUACAAUAUUUAGUCAACCUGGCAGUGUUGAAUCUUUCAUCAAAUCGUCUUGAAGGAGAGAUCCCUCCACAGCUUACGUUAUGUGCUUAUUUAAACGUCAUUGAUCUUCAUGACAAUUUAUUUACGGGUCAGAUUCCUCCAGAAUUAGGCCUUCUAGCAAGGUUGUCAGCUUUUGAUGUUUCAUACAACAAGCUUUCAGGGCCAAUACCAGCCUCUUUAGGGAACAGAAGUGGGAAUUUGCCAAAGUUCAAUGCUACUUCUUUUGAAGGAAAUGAGGAUCUUUAUGGAUACCCUCUACCACCUAUGAAAAGCAAAGGGUUGUCAGUUUUGGCCAUUGUUGGGAUCGGAUUGGGAAGUGGACUUGCUAGUUUAGUGCUUAGUUUUACUGGAGUUUGUAUUUGGUUGAAGAUUACAGAGCAAAAGAUGGCUGCUGAAGAAGGGAAGAUAAGUCAGCUUAUGCCUGAUUAUUAAAAGCUUGAAUCUUGAUUUAACAUGUUAUCGAGGAUUACUGAGCUAAAUUGGAAAGAUUGAAAAUUCCAGGAAUGGAUGGCUGUGAUUGCAUAAAUUUCAAAGUGACACCGAAAGCAGUUGAUGGUCAAAUUUGCUUUCAUUCCUCCCAUCAACGGGUCUUCCGGGAAUGGCAUGCAUGUCAUCAUGGGCUGGACCCCAUAUUUUUUUUUGUUUAUGUUGUUGGUUGAAAAGAGAAAAAUAAAAAAGGUUGAAAUUGUUUCUGAUUGAUGAUUCACCUGAUUCUGAUCUGAUCCAUUGCUUCUUUAUUUUGAUUUUUAGUCGCAGGGGUUUGGGGUUUGGUUUAAAUGCCAUUCACGCAUUUAAUAGUUUUAUAUGCUUUUUUUAAAUUGAUCCACGCCAAAAUCUUUUAAUUUCCUCGUAAA